GGUCCGAUGCUCGGGUGGAUGGGAGGGGGAGCAUGAGCUGAGUUGUUCCGCAUGGUGUUUUCGCCAUUUUUACCCAAGGAAACAAAGCUAGACUUUUCGUGGUCAGACUCUUCGAUCGCGAGCUGCAAAGAGCGAAUGCAACAUGCUCGCGUUCUGCUCGAUCCAGUGGAGCGGCGAAUCACCAACCAAUCAAAGUCAUCGAGUCAUGAUUCAUAAGCUUUGCAAAAAAGGGAACCCACUCACAGAAGAACUUUGGAAAAGCCCAUCGCGGAUGUUCCGAUCCCGAUCUGCGUCUAUUUGUGCCGGCGGCAAAGUAGCAUAAGCGUUCGCAAGUGUCCGUGGUCAGCCCUGCAGGCGUUCUUGCCAAACCUGCAGGCGGCGGGGUAAGGGGUUGAGGUGCGGAGGGAGUGUUUACACUCAGUUUGCUCAGACGGAUCGGCACAGUUUUUGGACACAUAUGUAAAAUGAUGUAAAAUGAAGUUAAGUGGGCAUUGCAACAUAAUUUCACGGAAAGGCCUUAAAGAGGAAACGUCUUUAUUCACUUUAAUGCAUUUAUAUGCAUUUACAUACAAACCGUGUUUUCUGUAUUGAUCGGGUACGAACGUAGUACAGAUUGGAUGUGCCUGGAGAAAAAGACCUGUGUCCAAGACCGGCCGUACCUCCGUCGCCGCCGGCCAAACCGUCCCCAGGGUCGGACGAGCCAGACGAGCCUCACGGCCGCGGAAGCGGAGGCCGAGGGCCGGCGGCGCGCAGCACACCUGCUGGCGCUCAGCAGGGAGGUGGAAGCGACCCAAGCGGAAUUGGCCUUCCUUCGGCAGCCGCAGACCGGCGCACCCGUGCAGCAGGCGCAGCACCUGGUGGGCGCCUUCGUGCCGGAGCUGCGCAUGGUCAAGGCGAAGUUGGGGCAAGCGGGCUACAUUGCCGCGCAGUUGGAUCGUUGGUUCGUGGAGCAUCGCGAGAAGAUGAUGCUGGCCGACACGGAUUUGAGUCAGAUGCCUUCACGACAGUUGCAUGGGCGUUUGCAGUCCUGUGAACAGUUGGUGGAGUCCUUCGCCUCCUGUGCCUCCCGCAUGGAAGGUAUGCUACAAGAGGCAGUGCAAGGAACUAGCGCAGAGGAGAGCCCCAGCCCUGCGGGUGCAGCGGUCGCCACACCGGUGGCGCUCGCGGUGGGCCAGCGUCCGAACGGGCCCACCGUCGAGGGCGCCAGGCGGAGAUCGGCGGAGUGCCUGGCCUUUGGGUGAGAGAUCCAGACAAACCGCAUCAGCCAAAGAUUAGCUGACCUCGGCCAAGUGAUGCUAAGUGCAUCGUCCUAGACAUACUCUGAGAUGCUCAAUGAAUGACUUGGAC